GUGGUGUGGUAACACGGUUUCCCUAUCCGGCUGGAUUGCCUCUGGAGAGGGUAGGGCGUGAUGCGUGGUUACCGCGACUGAUUACAUCCGCCCUUUCGGGUUGUAGGAGAGCGAUCUUGGUGGCGUUGGUGUCAGGGGAGCCCACCAGGUGCCCCCGAUGCCCCUACUAUCCAGCCCCAUUGUCACCUCUCGGUUAUCUGCCCUAUACCGAGUGAUACGCAGACUGACAUGCUGAGCGAUGGCAAAUAAGAAGGAUCCUCCUUUUUUUUAACAAAGAGAACUGUGGAUCACUUUGCUACAAACUACCAUUUUAUGGCACAAUGGAACUCUUCAUUGAAACCCUUACAGGAACAUGCUUUGAGUUGCAAGUGUCACCCUUUGAAACUGUCGUUUCUGUGAAAGCCAAAAUUCAGCGAUUAGAAGGCAUUCCAGUUUCACAGCAGCACUUAAUUUGGAAAAGUGUAGAACUAGAGGAUAAGUGUAGCUUAAAUGAAUACAACAUCUCUGAAGGCUGCACUCUGAAGUUGGUAUUGGCAAUGAGAGGUGGUCCCAUUAAUACACGCAGGGUACCUCUUGAGGACUCCAUCAGAGAAAUGUCAGAGCACAUGGAUCCCUUACGGGAGGAGAUGUGGGACAAAAGCCCCUCAAAUAAGCCGGUUACAUUUUUGGUUCAUAGAGAAGAUAAUCGGUUGAAUUUCUUCCGUGUCGUAGACAGAGGCGAUGGCACCCUAACUCCGUUAUCUGAAUCACCCAGUGGAGGUUCGGUUUAUAACUUAUACCCUGAAGAUGACGAUGAGGCUUGUCCGUCUGUCCAACAGUUAAAAGAGAAUUCAAUCACCAUGAACAAAAUGAAGUUAUUAAAAUCGAAGAUGAAGAACAUGAACCUCAAUAAAAAGUUAAAGCCAAGGCCUCCUGUGGUUCCACGUGCCUCAAGCAACAUGACAACUGUGCGGCACAAAUUUAGAGUAAGAGUUCUUCCUCACAUUGGAGAGUCUUGCUUACCUCUUGGAAAACCACAUUCCCCAGAGUGUUCCCAUUCUACGCUAACUGCUGCUAGUAGAACAAUACCAACCAUUACUUCUGACUGUUUAACAGAAGAUGACACCUGGAAUACUUCUGUGUUGGCUCCCCCACUUAAUAGUUUUGGUUUACCACCCAAAAUUUCCAGAGUAGAACUGGAAAAUACCAGGCCCUGCAAAAAUACUCUUCUCCCUCCUAUUUCACCUUUGCCUAAAAAAGACAUGUUGACAACAGAGAAGGACACCAUCUUUAAUCAGAAUAUAAACGUGUUCUCUGCUGAAGAAAAGACUAGACCAAUUGCUGAUUCGUUUGCUUUGGUAACCGAAGGUGGACCUUCUGAACAGUAUGGAGACUUGUACAAUUUAGGAAAAGCGAAACCUGACUUUGGAAGCGCUGAAGGACGCAAAGAGUCUACUACCACAGAGACUCGUCGUAAAGCUCUGUCCACAGCUUUAAACUCUGAAGCAAUGGAAAGUGGAGUUAUCAACAAUGGGGAGCUAAGUACUCCAAGGAAUAAAUUUGUAUCACCCAUACAUUUUCCUGCGCAAAUAAGCCGUAACUCCUUCUCCGAUUCACACCAUCAGCCCAGAUGUUUUGAGUUUGGCAGCUUAAGACCUACUGCGUCGCAUAGCCUGUUUCGUUCUUUAGAAAUUCACAACAUGGACGACCCUUCAUUUUCUAGGACUACACGAUUUCGGGGUGUUAAAGUUGAUGCUCCAGGCAACAGAUCAGAUGUUUCCAAAAUGGAAGCCAGAGACAUGACAGAAUUGGCUAAUAGGGCUUCCAAAGAACCUGUGGGCACUUUAAAAAAUCUGGAGUUUUUUGCUUCGCUGGCUCGAGGCACAAGUAGGGACAGUUUUCAGCGCUCCAGUAACCCAGACACACUUCAGCCUUCUGCUGUUGCUCAUUCUACCAGCCAACAGUAUGCUCAAGAAGAGACCUUUAAAAGGAUGGAAUCCUUUAAUGACAAUGCAGAUUUAUUCAUGCGUCCUCAUGGGGUGAGCAUUAACAACGCAGCUACAAGAAAAGUCAUAGCUGAAGCCCCAUAUAUUUUACCGCCUGUUAAAUCUACUCUUUGCAUCAAGAAGAAGACCACAAAGCACUGUUUCUUUUGUAGAAAGAAAACUGGAUUGGCGACCAGUUUUGAGUGCAGAUGCGGGAAUAACUUCUGCGCCACACAUCGCUAUGCUGAAACUCACAACUGUUCAUAUGACUACAAGACAGCAGGAAGGAGAUAUCUUGAAGAAGCAAAUCCUGUCAUCACUGCAUCAAAACUUCCGAAGAUUUGACUGGUUUGGUUCAUACCGAAACCAAGCGAAGGAUUUGCAAAUCACAUGUUCGUAUUUUUAAGACGUCUAGCGUUUUAAAACACAGAGGAUUUUCCGAGUCACAGAAGUUUGUUAUUGUGACCAUCACCUUUAUGAUCCUUUUUAUUGUAUGAUUAAAGAUUUUUUAAAGCUAUUUCACAGCAAUGAUUAUUUUUUUUGUUGUCUUGACACCUCUUCUUAAGUGUUUUUUAUAUUGGACAAAAUAUACUAUUUUGCCUGACAAGUCUUUCAGAGAUGCACUUUAUUAAUAUUUACUGUAUAAUCUGAUAUGAUAAGGGUCUUGUAUUCAUUUUUACAUGUUUAUCAAUCUCUUUUUUUAUGUUAAAUUAUUUCUGCCAUUCUUAACUUGCCAUGUAAGUUUUUUUUGUUUCCUUUUUUCCAGGUGUUAUUAAAAAAAACAUUAAUUUUAAUCUAAAUUAUGACUACAUGCAUAUCACAGUACCGACCACUGCACACGAUUUGUAAUAAGAUGUUUUCUGUUACAGUUUCAUUAAGUGUAACAUUAACUUUUUAUUUAUUUUGUAAUUUUACAUUUUAUCAAAUUUCAUUCCUUAAUUCAUUUGUUGUCAUAAAAAUACAGUAAAUAAAUAUUGCCUUUUCAUACACA